AGGAGCUCAACAGUUGACAAGAGCUAUAAAUUAUAAAUAAUUCAAUUAAAGAGUAGUGUUCUGAUAAAAUGGGGAUAAUUUGUCAAAUUCUAUUUAGCAACAACACUCAAGGAGUCUUUUACGCUGGCCAAACGAUUUCUGGUCAAGUGAAUCUAUGUACGGAUAAGCCGAUUCAAAUAAAAGCGAUCAGACUGAAGGUCAAAGGUUAUGCCGAAACCCAUUGGACCGAAAGUAAAACUGAUUCGAAUAAUAAGUCCACCUCAGAAUCGUAUAAUGGAUUUGAGAAAUACCUUUCGAGUAAGGUGUAUCUAUUGGGCUCCGACAUAAGCUCCGAAAUGACCUUGGAACCUGGAACCAGAUCCUUUAACUUCGCUUCUCAAAUUCCAAUCAACUGUCCCUCUUCGUUCGAGGGAACCCAUGGUCGUAUACGUUAUAUGGUGGAUGUCAACAUCGUACAACCUUGGAAGUACGAUAGCCUUUUUUCAAGAGCUUUUACUGUAAUUCAAGUGAGGGACAUAAACACUUACCAGGGUGUUUCACAGGUUCCUGUACAGGCCAAGACCGAGAAAACCUUUGGGGUCUGGCCCUUCCGCUCGGAUCCUCUUACCAUUGAGCUAAAUCUGCCGCAGACUGGCUUUGUACCAGGCCAGACUGUACCCGUGAAUGUUGUUGUGGGCAACGAAAGUAAAAUCAAGGUGCACGAAGUGAAGGUCGCUCUGUCCAUGAUGAUCACGUACUACAGUGACUUGAGCUCGGGAACAAACAGUGAGCGAAAGUCCGUGGCCAAGUUGAAGGCAGAUGGGGUCAUGAGGAACUCCAAGAAGAUGUACGACUUUCAGCUGCUGGUUCCCUCCACUCCGCCCUCCUGUUUCCACCUGUGCCGCAUAAUUAAGAUCGGCUAUCAGAUCGAGGUUGUGGCCAAGGUGAAGGGCAUGCAUAUCAAUGGAACUCUGAUAUUGCCGGUGACUAUUUGCGGAGUUCCGAUAACUCGUCCAACGGUGCCAUACGUUCCACAGGGUUCUGGAGUUGGAGUUGAAGUAGCUUAUACUUCCCUUGAGGGAGCUAGUGCUCCAUCUGCUUCGGAGUAUCCCUGGUUAGAGGGUACAAACUUACCACCACCCAGCUAUGCCGAAGCCACGCAUACUAAUUCGGGUUCAGAUUCAUCGGAAGAUCCGAAAGAGAAGUCCUAUAAGCCCCUUUAUCCUGUAUUCAAUGUGCCAACUCAAACUAAAACUGAGGAAAAGAAGGAAAAGGCUGUUUUGAACAAGGAGGAGAAUAAGUGAAGAUUAGCGAGAAAAACAAACUAAAUCUUUACUCAAGGGGACAUCCAAUGAAUUCCUGUGCUCUUCCCAAAAUUCAUUGGGUAUUUGCUGCGCAGCUGCAUUUGGCAAAAUUUAUAAUUCAAAAUUGUAACAGCGAUAAGAUAAAAGUUGGCCUGGCGUUCGCUACCAACAUAUAGAACCAUC